AUGGAUUCUUUCGACCUUUUCCCAGAGUUGGUCCCUCCGGCUGUUCCUUCUUGUCCCGGAGGGAGUUUGAACGCUAGCUCCAAGGCAGCUGCUAUUCCGCAGAAGAAAUCUUUCGCUCAGGCUCUGAAUGGAGUUUGCGAUAUCCCAAUCUCUCAGCUCCCCCAACCCAUCAUUAAAGGAGAUAGACUGUCGAUCACAAUACCAGAGGAAGAAUACAAAGCUGGGCUUCUAGACUGCAAGAACAAUCUUCAUGGGCGUAUCCUCUGGCCAAAAGGCUCAACACCGCUCACUGUGAUGGCGAUUCGGGAAAAGCUCUCCAAAUGCUGGACUGAUAUCAAAAAUUGGGGAGUCCUCUCCCUAGGAAAAGGUUACUUCGAAUUUAUGUUCUCCAAUGCUGAAGAUGUUAGACGAGUUCGAGCUGCAGGUUCCAUCAGUCUUAAUCCGGGUUCGCUGAGAUUGUUUGCCUGGACGAAAGACUUUAAUCCAGCUGCACAACACAACACGGCAGCACAGGUGUGGGUUAGAUUCUUUGGGCUCUCGCAGGAGUACUGGAGGCCGAGAAUCUUGUUUGCCAUAGCUAGUAGUGUUGGAAAUCCCAUCUGUAUAGAUGCCUCUGCUGCAAAAUCCAGAGUGGAUCGUACGUUCGGUCAUUUUGUGAGAGUUCUUGUUGAGAUGGACCUAACACAACCCCUUAGUUAUAAUGUUCUUGUAGAAAGGGAAGGUUUUGCAUUUUUUGCUGACAUUGAAUAUGAAAAUCUUCCGGAAUUUUGCGCCCAUUGCAAGAAAUCGGGGCAUAGUUUGAAUAAUUGUAAAACUCUUAAUAAAGUUCAACACUCCUCUGGCUUAGUUAAUAAGCCUCGUGCUGGUUUGAAGAGUACGGAUGCCGAGAUACCUAACAAGGAAACGGAUAAUGUGAAUGCGCCCACUCUGGAAACAAGCCAAGAAUCUGAAAAGAGCUCUCAACAGGUUCCUGUGGAGGAGCCAGGGAAUGUUAGUAUCACUCAUCAGGGACUUGAAGUCACUUACCAUGGGGGUACUGCCUUACCCAACUACUUCUCACAGCCUUCUGAUGGUUCUGAGGCAUCUCCUUCGGAUUUUGUAGCAGACACGGGUAAAGAGUUAGUGACCGUAAAUCAAGGGGUUUCGGUUGAAGCUUUGGUGGAUAGACAAUUUUUAAGGAACUCCUGGGAUGCGCUAGCAGAGGCGGAUUUGGUGGCAGAAACUCAAGUCACUCCUCAUAAGAAUGACAGUGGCACCUUCACAAAAGCGUUAUCCAAUCUUAAGAAAAAACACAAGCAAUCUAACGUGAACCAGAAGUAUGUAACUAGGUCCCAAGCAGGCCUCAAACAUCCCACUCAAUGA